AUGGAUGAGUCAUUGAUUGCCACGAUCAACAAGCUUCAGGAUGCAUUGGCUCCUUUAGGUGGAGGUUCUUCUUCCCCAGUUGAUUUACCUCAAAUUACCGUUGUUGGUUCCCAAUCAAGUGGGAAAUCUUCGGUAUUAGAAAAUAUUGUGGGUAGAGAUUUCUUACCAAGAGGUACUGGUAUUGUUACCAGAAGACCGCUUGUUUUACAAUUGAUCAAUAGAAGAGCCACUCCAAGAGCUAAUAAUGAUUUAUUAGAUAUCAAUACAACUAAAGAAAAUGGUGAAGCCAGUGAAAAUAAUGCUGAUGAAUGGGGGGAAUUUUUACAUUUACCAAAUAAGAAGUUCUUUAAUUUUGAAGAAAUUAGAAAUGAAAUCGUUAGAGAAACUGAUGCUAAAACUGGUAAGAAUUUAGGUAUUUCUCCAGUUCCAAUUAAUUUAAGAAUUUAUUCUCCUCAUGUUUUAACUUUAACCUUAGUUGAUUUACCAGGUUUAACUAAAGUUCCAGUUGGUGAUCAACCAAAAGAUAUCGAAAAACAAAUUAGAGAUAUGAUUAUGAAAUUUAUUUCUAAACCAAACGCCAUUGUUUUAUCUGUUAAUGCCGCCAAUACCGAUUUAGCUAAUUCUGAUGGAUUAAAAUUAGCUAGAGAAGUUGAUCCUGAAGGUGCUAGAACCAUUGGUGUGUUAACCAAAGUUGAUUUAAUGGAUGAAGGUACCGACGUCAUUGAUAUUCUUGCUGGUAGAGUUAUUCCAUUAAGAUUUGGUUAUGUACCAGUUAUUAAUAGAGGUCAAAAAGAUAUUGAAUCUAAAAAGACUAUUAGAGAUGCAUUAAAGGAUGAAAGAUCAUAUUUUGAAAAUCAUCCAUCUUAUAGAGCUAAGGCUCAUUAUUGUGGUACUCCAUAUCUUGCUAAGAAAUUAAAUGGUAUAUUAUUACAUCAUAUUAAAGGUACUUUACCUGAUAUUAAAAUGAGAAUUGAACAUUCUUUAAAGAAAUAUCAAAGUGAAUUAGCUAUGUUAGGACCAGAAAUGGCUGAAUCUCCAGCUUCUAUUGUUUUAAGUAUGAUUACAAGUUUUAGUAAAGAUUAUAAUGAAAUUUUAGAUGGUGAAGCUAAAGAAUUAAGUACUCAAGAAUUAAGUGGUGGUGCUCGUAUAUCUUUUGUUUUCCAUGAAAUUUUUAAGAAUGGUAUUAGUGCUUUGGAUCCAUUUGAUCAAAUUAAAGACACUGAUAUUAGAACCAUUAUGCAUAAUACUAGUGGUUCAGCUCCAUCAUUAUUUGUUGGUACUCAAGCUUUUGAAGUAUUAGUUAAACAACAAAUUCAUAGAAUGGAAGAACCAUCAAUUCGUUGUAUUAAUUUGAUUUUUGAUGAAUUAGUUAGAAUUUUAUCUCAAAUUCUUUCUCAAACUCAAUAUUCUCGUUAUCCAGCUUUAAAAGAUCAAUUAUCUCAAAGUUUUAUUCAAUAUUUAAGAGAAGCUCUUAUUCCAACUAAUAAAUUUGUUACUGAUAUUAUUGAUUCAGAAGAAACUUAUGUUAAUACUGCUCAUCCAGAUUUAUUAAAGGGUUCACAAGCUAUGACAAUAGUAGAAGAAAAAUUCCAUCCAAAACCUCAAGUUGCCGUUGAUCCAAAAACUGGAAAACCAUUACCACCAACCCAACAAUCAUCUCCACAACCUCAACAACAGCAAGGUGCUAAUAAAGCUGGAGAAGAUGCCAAUGGAUUUUUUGGAGGAUUCUUUUCAUCUAAGAAUAAAAAGAGAUUACAAUCAAUGGAAGCUCCACCACCAGUUUUAAGAGCCACCGGUACUAUGUCCGAAAGAGAAACCAUGGAAACUGAAGUGAUUAAAUUAUUAAUUUCAUCAUAUUUUAAUAUUGUUAAAAGAACUGUUGCUGAUAUAGUUCCAAAAGCCAUUAUGUUAAAAUUAAUUGUUAGAUCUAAGAAUGAAAUUCAAAGAGAAUUAUUAGAAAAAUUAUACAGUUCACCUGAAUUAGGAGAUUUAGUAAAAGAAAAUGAUUUAACCAUUCAAAAGAGAAAAGAAUGUGUUAGAAUGGUUGAAGUAUUAAGAAAUGCUAGUGAAAUUGUAUCCAGUGUUUAG